CGAGAUUUUGGUGGUUCCGCAUUUCGGGUCGGCAAGGUAGGGGAGGCGAGCGCAGCAACUGGCACCGGCUCGACCCUCGGUUCAAAGCAGCGGUGCUCGGUGCUUUCGCUGGCCGCGAGCUGAGGAUUGUCCGCUUCCUCGUGGUUCCCGCGCGGGCUCCGAAUCCAGGGCGCGGCGGGGGCCAGUGGCCCCUCCCCUCCGAGGAUAGAAGAUGAGCUUCCUCUUCAGCAGCCGCUCUUCUAAAACAUUCAAACCAAAGAAGAAUAUUCCUGAGGGCUCUCAUCAGUAUGAACUCUUAAAACAUGCAGAAGCAACUCUAGGAAGCGGGAAUCUGAGACAAGCUGUUAUGUUGCCAGAGGGAGAAGACCUCAAUGAAUGGAUUGCUGUCAACACUGUGGAUUUCUUCAACCAGAUCAACAUGCUGUAUGGAACUAUUACAGAAUUCUGCACUGAAGCAAGCUGUGCAGUCAUGUCUGCAGGUCCCAGAUAUGAAUAUCACUGGGCAGAUGGUACUAAUAUUAAGAAGCCCAUCAAAUGUUCUGCACCAAAAUACAUUGACUAUUUGAUGACUUGGGUUCAGGAUCAGCUUGAUGAUGAAACUCUUUUUCCUUCUAAGAUUGGUGUCCCAUUUCCCAAAAACUUUAUGUCUGUGGCAAAGACCAUUCUGAAGCGUCUGUUCCGGGUUUAUGCCCACAUUUAUCACCAGCACUUUGACUCUGUGAUGCAGCUGCAGGAAGAGGCCCACCUCAACACCUCCUUUAAGCACUUUAUCUUCUUUGUUCAGGAGUUUAAUCUGAUUGAUAGGCGUGAGUUGGCACCUCUUCAGGAAUUAAUUGAGAAGCUUGGAUCGAAAGACAGAUAAAAUGUUUCUUCUAGAACACAGUUACCCUCUUGCUUCAUUUGCUAGAGCUAUCUCAUUGCUAUCUGUUAUAGACUAGUGAUACAGACUUUUAAGAAAACAGGAUAAAAAGACAUAUGUGUUCGUGUCUACUGACAGAAUUGUCCCACAGGUAGAUUGGCCCAAUCCUUCAGUGAGAAAUUCAAGAGGCAGCCGACUCUGAGGCACUGUUUGACCACUCUUGUUACUGUCAGAGUUGGACUUGCUUGUAAUAUGUGAUGAUAACAUGUAGUCUGUUCAUUUUCUUUUCUUUUACUGAAGAAAAUGAGUGCUUCAGGUUAUAGCAUAAUAGCGAUUGGGAAUUUCCACCAGUACUUUAUUAACAAGUUUCCAGAACAAAUUACCUAAUAACACAAUCAGAUUCAUUUUAUCCUGUUUUAAUUUACAAAUAGAAGAGGUAUUUUUAAGUUUCCUUAAGAUUUAGAACAUUUGUGUGUUACUUUGGGUAACCUUUUAGUUUGAAGUCAGUAUGCUGGUGUUUUUAUAGGUAAGACUAUAUAUUAUAUGUUUAUUUUUUCAGAAUCCAUGAUUGCAGUUUAAAUCCUCAUAUGACUUACGUAGUAUGGGAGUAACCAGAGUUAUUUCUAAAAUGAUGUUAUUUCUAAUCUUUAUUUGGGAUUUUAUUCACAUAAACCUAUCUAAAGUUUUAGGAGUUUGUAUAUCAGAAAUAAUUUUCUUAAGGCAUGUAAGGAUAGUCUUGUACAUUUUUAUUUUGAAAUGCUUCAUUCAGAUUAAUUUUAAUAGGUAGCUUUUGGCUAAGAAAGAAAACUCCAAAAAAUUAUGACCAGUUCAGGUCUCAGAACCACUAUUUUCAGUCAUGUUGUUCUUUUCAGAGCCCCUGAGAUCCUGGAGAGGAGAGUGGAAGUACUCAGAGUACUUGGUUAUUUUCUUUUGAGUGUCCUUUAAAACAAAAACAAGAAUUACUGCUGUGUUUUUGUUGUGACUUGAGACUUCGUUAAGAGUAGUGUAGAAAUGUCCAGCCUUUCUCCCAACAAGGAUAAAACUUAAGGAAGCCCAUAAUAAAAAACCUUGGUGGUGUACACAUUUUAUAACACAGCUUAAAGUUUGGUGUGCUACCCUAGUGUGUGUGUGUGUGUGUGUGUGUGUGAACAAAAUGGGAGGAAUAAGUAAAAGAUCUUUACUUCAUUCUGUUAGCAAAGGAUGGCUUGAGCCCCAAUAGGGGUUUAAUCCUGUUUUAAUUGUUUUUGGAUCAAAACUUGAAAUUCUUCUAUUUCUAUUGGGAUGAAAAAAAUCUUCCCUUUUAGUGAAAUAAAGGUCUAAUUUUCAUUAGGUUUCUAGGAUUUAGUAAACUCCAUCCGCCUGUCAAGAAUGUACUGGGCACAAGUCUAUUGAGAACUUGCCCGCCUGGCCUAGCUUGAAGUUGGUCAGCAUUCGGUGUGAGUUCAGAGCUCGGAUUUUUGCAGAGUGCUCACUAACUCCCUUGAUGGCUUUGAUAAAAGGUUAGUUUGGUUAGGUUUUUUUUGUUAUUUAUUUUUAUUAUUCCACUGAAGUAUAAGGAAAAAAAUAGCUUAGGAACUCCAUUUUUAUCAUAACUGGAUUUCAUAUCCAGAUAUACAGAAUUUUAAAGGAAACAAAACCUUUCACCUAUUUUAUUUAGGCUGAAACCAUACAUCACUCCAGGAAUUAAAAAGUGGGAUAAUCCUUAUUUUUAAAAAA